AUGAGGGGAGACUUGUACUUCUUUGGAAUGAGAGGCCUUGGUCACUAUGGCUGCAUCCCAGAGGAUGGAGGACAGUUCUUACUCUACUCUCUAAAUGGAGACAACAGUUUGAAGAGAUGUUUUGCAGAGGAAGAUUUUAAUGAAAUAAUUGACUUCAAUGAUCUCCCGAAUUCUCUCUUUGCUUGUAAUGUUCACCAGUCUGUGUUUGAAGAUGAGGACAGUAAGGAAAAAUUUGAAGGCUUGUUCCGUGCCUAUGACGACUGCGUGACAUUCCAGCUGUUUAAAAGCUUCAGGCGUGUGAGGAUAAAUUUUAGUAGUCCCAAAUCAGCUGCUCGUGCCAGAAUAGAGCUGCAUGAAACACAGUUCAGAGGGAAGAAGUUAAAGUUGUAUUUUGCACAGAUUCAGACCUCUGAGACAGAUGGAGACAAGCUUCAUUUGGCACCACCACAGCCUGCAAAACAGUUUCUCAUCUCGCCUCCAGCCUCCCCACCUGUAGGGUGGCAACCAAUAGAUGAUGCAACACCUGUCAUCAACUAUGACCUCCUUUAUGCAGUUUCAAAGCUAGGACCAGGAGAGAAGUAUGAGCUGCAUGCAGGAACAGAAUCCACUCCCAGUGUGGUAGUGCAUGUCUGCGACAGUGACAUGGAAGAAGAUGAGGACCCAAAGAAUUCUCCAAAGCCAAAAAUCAUUCAAACUCGACGCCCUGGUCUGCCACCUCCUGUAUCUAACUGAGCCUCUUGGCAGAAGCAGCACUUCUCUCCUCCAGCACAGCUCUUGGUUUUUGUUUGCUUUGUUUUGUUGAAAGGCAUCCAUUGCCUUUUGAGUACCAGGACAUUAAACUCAUUGAAAUCCCUUCACAAUAAUCAAGCCUAUGUAAUUAAAGGGCUAGGAAAAAGAUCUUUAUAUAUGUAACCAUAUCACACACCAACUAAUAUUUUUUUUUCUGGAAAGGACAAAACAGGGCUGAAAAAAACCAA